CAUGGUAAUGCUGGUUUCAUGAUAUUAGCAUCGUAAAUCGUGGUUUAUCAUAACAAAUCAUGUUUUUUUUAAUUAGAAACCACGGUUUACCGUGAUACAUUGCUGUUUAUCAUGGUAAACCCUGGUAUUUUUUCAGCAGGGCUGGCAGUUGGCAAUUCAUUUUUGAACGCAUUGAUGAGUGAGUUGACGACUCGGUUUGGCACAGAUGGCGCUCCGUACUGACAGGAGUCUUUGUGUGAAAUACAGGGACGUUUCUCAGAGUUUAGAAACGACUCAUCCAUUAAGAGUUAUUAUUUAAACAGGGUUCACAUCACUUUGCUAAUCGCGGACGAUAAAAUAUAUGAAAAAAAAAACAGCUACUAAACGGAAUCCUGUGUGAUGCCAUGGACAGUGUGAAGAUGGAAUCUGUCCCACUUAAAGAGGAGUUCCCUGAACAUGAACCUGUCCCCUUCAGUGUGGAGUUCUCUGGGCUGGCUUCCCUCUGUGAGGUGCAGUGUGACCGCAGUCAGCCAGAGGCCUCUGAGAUUAAAGCUGAGCACAAUGGAUUGGAGAUCCCCCAGACAGAAGAACCCCUUCCUGUUAAACAAGAAGAGGUGCUGGAAAUUAAACAGGAGCCCCUUGAAGUAGAGUUUGACCACAUGGAACCAGGGAAGGAGGAAUCCGAGGACCUGAAACCAAACAUCCCUGAGCUGGAGCCUGUACGCCUGCGGGAGGGUAGCGUGGUGCUGGAGAGAAUCUGCGUGAGAGAGCAAGGCGCUAGGGAGGAAGGCUCUACCAACAGCAUGCAGGGAGGUGGAAAGGAAGACGGACAGUCUUAUUCAGAAUGCAGUCUAGCAGGUUCCAGUCCAGCAGCUAAAGCGAGGAUGGGCAGCGGAGAAUAUCCUGACUGUGGGAAAGGUCUCACCCCGUUAGGGCAUUUUGAAAUACACCAGCAAGUUCACACAGGAGAGAAACUGUUUCGCUGCCCUGACUGUGGGAAGAGUUUCAAAUACUCGGCACAUCUUAAAAGACACUGGCGAAUUCACACAGGAGAGAAACCGUAUUGCUGCUCUGACUGUGGGAAGAGUUUCAGACGUUUAGAAAACCUGAAAAUACACCAGCGAAUUCACACAGGAGAGAAACCGUAUUGCUGCUCUGACUGUGGGAAGAGUUUCAGAGAUUCAGGAGACCUGAAAAAACACCAACGAAUUCACACAGAAGAGAAGCCGUAUCACUGCGGUGACUGUGGGAAGAGUUUCAGACAUAAAGGAACCCUGAAGAGCCAUCAGCAAAUUCACACAGUUGAAAAACCAUAUCACUGCUCUGACUGUGGGAAGAGUUUCCGACAUUCAGAAGACCUGAUAAAACACCAGCAGAUUCACACAGGAGAGAAACUUUAUCACUGCUCUGACUGUGGGAAGAGUUUCAGUCGUUCAGAACACCUGAAAAAACACAAGCGUAUUCACACAGGGGAGAAACCGUAUCGCUGCUCUGAAUGUGUGAAGAGUUUCAGUCAUUCAGAACACCUGAAAAGACACCAACGCAUUCACACAGGAGAGAAACCCUAUUGCUGCUCUGAAUGUGGAAAGAGUUUUAGGGUAUCGGGAACUCUGAAAACACACCAGCGAAUUCACACAGGAGAAAGUCCGUAUUGCUGUUCUGACUGUGGGAAGAGUUUCAGACGUUCAGCACACCUGAAAAUGCACCAGCGAAUUCACACAGGAGAGAAACCUUAUCUCUGCUCUGACUGUGGGAAGAGUUUCAGACAUUUAGAAUACCUGAAAGUACACCAGCGAAUUCACACAGAAGAGAAACUGUAUAGCUGCGCUGACUGUGGGAAGAGCUUCAGGUAUUCAAGACUGCUGAAAACACACCAGCGAAUUCACACAGGAGAGAAACCGUAUUUGUGCUCUGACUGUGGAAAGAGCUUCAGACAGUCACAACACCUAAAAACACACCAACGAAUUCACACAGGAGAGAAACCGUUUCUCUGCUUUUGCUGUGGGAAGAGUUUCAGAGAUUCAGCAGGCUGGAGAAAACACCAGCGAACUCACAGAGGAAAAAAACCUUAAAGCACAUGUUCACUGGGACUUUUCACUCAUCCAGGGGGGAAAAAACAUCUUGUAUUAUGAGUCCCUGUGUAAUAAUAAUCUUUGUAUCUAUCUUAAGAGCAGGCAUAAUAAAUGGUAAAUAUGCACUUGACAGUGCCUGGGAGCAGGAAUAUGCAGAAAGGAAACUAUGCUGCAACUUAUCUGAUAUAAGAGUCAGGAGGAAUCUAACUUGUGUAAUAAAUGAGUUUCAGGGUUUAGCAUUUAAACUUUGAUUAAUCUGAAAAUAAAUCAAUUGAUUGGAAUGAGUAUCCUGACCCGGUAUAUAGCAUCCAGAGACGAGACUGCACUGUCCUUACUGGGCAAUGGGCUGGAUGAUUUGAAAAUUUAAUCCAGUUUCUAAAACUAGUGCAAAUUGAUAGUGUUCCAUGGCUGUAUUAUGACACGAAUCACUGAAUACUGAGCCACAUGUAGCUCUGCUCUGUGCAUUGUCCAUGCUUUUAUUUUAGCUUGCUUUUAAACUGCACCAACUAACACAAGUGCAGCAAGCAUGUGUAUGGAUCUUAGGUACAGAAAGGCAUACAGGUUUACACUUUGUGACAAAUUACAAUUAAUUACUGUUAAUGGAUCGAGAAUUGAUUAGGGGUUUGCUACGCAUGUGGACUGGCAG